AUGCAAUCUUUACAUUUAAAUGAAAUCAAUCACUUUAUUUCCGAUUUUGAAGACUCGGAAAGCAACGUGAAAUUUAAAAGAAAAGUUGAGAUGUUAAUGAUGAUGUCAGCAGAAUUGGUUCAACUGAUGGUUAUCGAUGAAGUUUCGUUCUUUCCUAUUCUGGUUGUGUCAGAAGUUUCACUUUGCCAGUGUCGACUCAGGAUGACUAGUUGGCAUGAUUUUUAA